GUUUGUUCACGACGCCAAAAACCCAUGAGUACUAAAUUUUCCGUGGAAGUGGGUCAACGCAGCGAGCAGCCCGGGAUGCACUGACGGUUGUUGUUAUAUUUUCUCGUGAAUUUUGUGUGUGUAAAACCGUUGGACACAGCUUGCGACGUCAGUUAGCUAGUUUUGUCGAGCGAACAGGACAACCGUUGAGCUCGCUUUUUCUUUUGUCGGUUACUACGCGGUUAUCGUCAACAACAAGGGGGGGAAAAAUGUCGGGAGAGCCAAUUCUCAUCACACUGGAAACGGCCACCGGGGCCCCUAGCUCAUUCCCGGUUGUUUUGAAGAAAAUAAUGGAAAUGCCUCCGCCGAAUAUACUGGACGGGGAGGACGACACUGACAAGGAGAAGCUGUGUCUGGGAGAAAAUGCCGAGCUGGGGGGAGGAGGAAGCGAUAUGGGUCCUUCAGCCGCCCUGACUCCUGCUAUCUGGGAGAAGACCAUUCCCUACGAUGGCGAGAACUUCCACCUGGAGUACAUGGACCUGGAGGAGUUCCUUAUGGAGAAUGGCAUCCCCACCACGCUUGACGAGGACUCCCUAAAGAGCAUAACAGAAGGCGGUGCCACCAAGACAGAGAAACCUAAGGCUGCUCUCUCUGUAAAGACAAAGGUGACCAGGCCAGCAAGUGUGUCCCCAGUGGCCCUGCUGCCCAUUCAGGAGUUGGACCGGUGUGAGGAGGAAGUGGUGAUCAUCACCAAGAGUGACUCUGAUAUCAUCUGUGAUGUUACUGCAGAGGUGACCACUGAAGAGGACAGAGCAACCCCCGAGCCCAUCGACCCUGAUGAGAUUGAGGUUGAGAUCAACUACGAGCCUGAUCCCACAGACCUGGUCCUGUCAAGUGUGCCUGGGGGCGAACUGUUUGACCCACGCAAACACAAGUUCACUGAAGAUGAGCUCAAACCACAACCUAUGAUCAAGAAGGCCAAGAAAGUGUUUGUGCCUGAUGAACAGAAGGAUGAUAAGUACUGGCAGAGGAGGAAGAAGAACAACGUGGCUGCCAAACGCUCACGUGACGCCCGCAGGUUAAAGGAGAACCAGAUCACCGUCCGAGCAGCUUUCCUGGAGCGUGAGAAUGCAGUGCUGCGGACGGAGGUUGCAGAGUUACGAAAGGAGUGCGGCCGCUUCAAAAACGUUGUGGGUCGCUAUGAAGCCAAAUUUGGAUCAAUUGCGAUGCCGGAAGACCAAUAGACAGCAGCCGAUUUAUUCAUUUAUUUUUCUAAUGAAUCAAUAAAUCAAAACCAUUGAGGGUUGGUAUGUGAGAACACUAGAAUCGAUCGGAUGAAGAAGAGGAGGAAGAUAGCGUACGUGAGGGCGUGACUGUUGUUGCCAUGGAGACGCAAUAGCAUGUUAAGACCUGAUAUCUGGUUUUUGUUUUUUUGUUUUUUUUAUGACUUCUAUUUGCCAUCCAUGUGAGUGAGAUGAGUGUGAGAGGAUAUUCAAGUGCUUCUUCAGUACACCUCUUUCAUGAAGUGUACUUCUAUCAUGUUUUGUAUGCCUUUGGCCGAAAGAGAUCAUUUGUGAUGAACUGUGGGUUUUAUUUCAAUUUUUUAGAUGGUUGAUAUUUAGGCAGCAGUUACAAUAGUUUAGACUAGAUUUUGAGUCAGUUUUGAUAUUGUAGAAAUAAACUGGUUUGCAGGUUGCUUUCAGUUCUUUACACAUUUUAAUGACUUUUGAAACCCACAUGUCCAUUUUUGUUUUCAAAUUUAUAUUAGUAUGGCAGAUAUGUAGAGAACUGGGCUUUUCUUUCCUCACAAAAACUUUUGAUUGUGACAUUUCCACUAACUUAAGCUUCUUCAGGGGAUAACAGUGACGUGGCUGAAAAAAAUGCAGCCACGUUUACUUCUCUUCACAUAAAAGAACUUCUUACCAGCAGCACAGGGCUGUACAUAAACACUCUGUUCUCCCUGUUUCAAUGUAUGUCUUGCAGUCGCUCUCGUGCUGUGUUUGUCACUGAGUAAGACGCCUGCUUGAGUCUCUGUAGGGUGUCAUGUGACUCGUCCAUUUACGUCAGUAACGCUUCAGAAUUGUUGUGUGUAGAACCCACUGAUGCAUGUACUGUAAAUAGUUGUAGUCUAAAAUUAUGCUCUAUUUUUUUUUUUCCAAUAUUUUACAAACGUAUUCAGUCUUGUAGGACAUGAGAACUCAGAUACAUUGCCAGUUGAGUUUUUGAACAGGUUCUCUUUAGUCAAGUGAAUAUCAAGCAAUUAAAUUGUAAAUUUCCUUAAAGCUUAUCAUCUCUUGAAGAGCUGACAUUUGCCCUUAUAUGGCAGUGUCUCAUCUUUGUUGGAUGCUAAUGUUGCUCUUUAAUUAUUGCUUCAUUAAAGGCAGCUGGUGGUGAAAGGUUAAACUCGUUAAGCCUGAAAACACAGACAUUUUUGUUGAUGUCGUCUACUACACAGCUCUUAUUAAAGUAAUCAAGCUCGUAUUUCUAGUAAAUUUACAAGUGCAUUCCUUGAAACAACCAAAACAGUAAAGAUGUUCAAAACCCUUGACUGGAAUGUAUUUGCAUUUAGAUUGAAUAAUCUAUUAAGUUUUUUGGGAUGUGUUGGUGGACUCACUUAUCACCCAACUUUUUUAGUUCAUUUUGGUCUGAACUUCUUCAGAAAUUCUCUCUCAGACUUGGAAGCUGGCAGUGUCUGUUGCCGGCUGAUAAUUUUUAUUUUUUGACAAACCAAGAAGUCUCAAUAAAUACAGACUGUAUUGGGGCAUCUUUAUUUUUUUAUAAAAUAAAGAACCUCGAAAUA